GCUGUUUGACGCUAACGAGUAAUGAUUACAAAUUGUGAAAUAUUUAGUUUUCUUUGGAACUGUGAUCCUUCUCAAACAAUACAUUUAAUUCAGUAAAUUAGUGUUGUUUUUAUUUUAAAUAGAAAUGCAUCUCGAUUUCAAAAGCUUUGAAGCUAUACGUAACUAUGUGCUAAAUAGUUCACAUAAAAAGUCGAUAUCAUCUGGCAUAAAAAAUGAAAUAGUGAUACUGUGGGAGUAAUAUAGAGAGGGUAUAGUUGAUGUUUAAAUCUCAAGACAUUUGGUUAUUUACAUAAACUUUGAAAUGCCGAGUUGUCUUUUGUGCUGUAGAUCCAAAAAUGCCAGAAGUAAAAACGAAAAAAUUACUUUUCACAGGUAUCUAUAAAUUAUAAUUGUGACCUAAACUAAAAUUCAUUAUUAAUAAAUAAUUACCUUAGGUAUAUAUUGUACCUACUAGAAUAUUUAAGCAAGAUAUUAUUACUACACAUUCCUUAUUAGUAACUUAAUAACUGUAAAUUAAAUACACUAAAUGAUUUACGAAGUUAAGCACUCCUGUCUCUUUAUCUAUCUAGCUAUCUAGCUAUCUAUCUAUACAUUAAUUUAUUCAUCUAUUUGUCAAAAAUAUAUAUGUUUACUGUUACAUUAAUUUAAAUUUGUAUGCAUAAUUAGAUUACAAUUUUUAUGGUUUUUCAACUGUUUCUAUUAUUAUUGAUAUUUAUAGUAUUUUUCUUUUAGGUAUCCAAAACGUCCAGAAAUUCUUAAGAAAUGGAUCGAGUUUACUAAAAAUUAUGAUGAUGACCGUAAUAUGUUAGAAAAUAAUAUAACAGUAAACAGUGUCAUGUGUUCUGCUCAUUUUUUACCUGAUAGUUUUUAUGUCUACAAAAGAACCACUGUAUUAAAACCUACAGCUACUCCUUGUGUAACAAUAACACGUGUUCGUGGUGUAAGUUAAUAACAUAAUUUAUUUAUACUAAGUUAUUUACACAAUUGUUAUUUAAAAUUAAUUUUAGGGUAGAUUGAAUUAUCCAGAAAUAAUUUUUGUCAAAGAUAACAUGAAAAAUGAUACUCAGACUGAAAAAGAUGAUGAUAAUAAUGCUAACUUAAAAUGUUCCCCCCAUAUUACAGACUUUUCUCAAGACAUUUUGGAACAAGUUCCUAACAUAAAUGUACGAUUUAACAAUGAUUAUGUUUUCUGUUUUAUAAUAAAAAUCUAAUAUUAUAGGGGUUUAGUGAUGAACUUGCAGUAGAUAUAGUUGAAACUACACCAAGUAAAUUGUAUUAUAAUUCUUCAAGUGCCUCAUAAUAAGGUUUCAAUAAAUAUCAUGGACCAGCUAUUUGCAUUUACUCAUCAGAAAAAAAGGUGUAUUUUAGAAAUUACCAUAUUAAAUAUUAUUUUAACAUUAUACUAUUGUUAUAUUUUGUAGAUAGACCAAUAUUGAAGCCAGCAAAGUAGAAAACAAAUAUGAUGAAUACCUAAAAGACAGUUUCUUGAACAAAGAGUUAUUGUGUUAACAUAAGAAACUAGUUAGUAAAAAAUAAAAACAAGCACUUAGUAAAAAUAACUUUAAUAUUUGUCUUAUUAUAUAAAAUAAUUAAACUAAUAAUAAAAUUCAAGGUUCUCAUAUCACAAUUAUUUUUAAAUCUUAACAAAAAACUAAAAUGUCUUAAAUUACAUAAUUGUU